UGGCAGACUUCCACGCUGCUGGCGGCGCGUGGAACAACCGUUUUCCCUCCGCUCCGCGAGACCCGCGCCACAAAAAACACAAAACCGCAUUUUUACAACGAAAUCUGACGCGUUUCACUUCCGCUUCACGCACGCGCACCUCCACAUCCGCGUGGGACCGUGCGUGAGCCGCUUUGUGCGUGUUUGACCGGUGCGUGAUUCGCCGGGUGCGUGACUCUGCGGGGCUCAGUGUGUGUGGCGCGUGGGGACAUGGCCACGCUCAUCCUCGAGGACGGGAGCACGUUCCGCGGGCGCCUCUUCGGAGCGCGCGUGUCCGUGUCUGGAGAAGUGGUGUUCCAGACGGGGAUGGUCGGUUACCCUGAGGCGCUCACAGACCCGUCGUAUCGUGGGCAGCUGCUGACGCUCACUUAUCCUCUGAUCGGAAACUACGGCGUCCCCAAAGACGGCGAGGGCGACUUCGGCCUCAGCGAGUGGUUUGAAUCUUCUCGUAUUCACGCCUCGGCUCUGAUCAUCGGGGAGCUGUCGGAGGAACCGAGUCACUGGAGCUCGGACCGAUCCCUGGACCAAUGGCUCAAAGAACAUGGAGUCCCUGGAAUCCAAGGGGUGGACACGCGCUGCCUGACCAAGAAGAUCCGGGAGAAGGGGACUCUCCUGGGGAAGCUGGUGGUGGACGGGACCACGGAGGACAGUGUCCCCUUCGACAAUCCAGACCUGAGGAACCUGGUGCAGGAGGUCUCCAUGAAGGAGGCUCGUGUGUUUAAUCCAUCUGGGGAUCUGCGCGUCACCGUCGUCGACUGUGGAGUGAAGUUUAACCAGAUCAGAUGUUUGGCCCAGAGAGGAGCCAGAGUCACGGUGGUUCCCUGGGACUCGCCCCUGAACCCACAAGAUUUUGACGGCCUCUUCAUCAGUAACGGCCCCGGAGACCCUCAGCUCUGCUCCUCCACCAUCCAAAACCUGCGCAAAGUCCUGACCCUAAACCAGGACUCGGAUCGUAACCAGACUAAACCGGUGUUUGGGAUCUGCCUGGGACACCAGCUGCUGUCUCUGGUCAUCGGAGCGAAAACCUACAAACUCAAAUACGGGAACCGAGGCCAUAACCAGCCGUGCGUCCACAAAGGAACCGAGCGCUGCUUCAUCACGAGUCAGAACCACGGAUUCGCCGUCAACCCCGAGACCCUCCCCCCCGACUGGGACGUCCUCUUCACCAACGCCAACGACCGCAGCAACGAGGGCAUCGUCCACAACCAGCUGCCCAUGUUCAGUGUGCAGUUCCACCCGGAGCACAUGGCGGGCCCCACAGACCUGGUUUCUCUGUUUGACGUGUUUCUGGAGACGGUUCGAGAGCACAAAGAGGGAAAAGUCACUAAAACCGUGAAACAGCGUCUGACAGAGCACCUGACCUUCUCCGCUGCCCCCAAACCUGAAGACGUCGUGAGGCCUCGGAAAGUCCUGAUCCUGGGCUCUGGAGGUCUGUCCAUCGGGCAGGCGGGAGAGUUCGACUACUCCGGGUCUCAGGCGAUCAAAGCUCUGAAGGAGGAGCGGAUCCAGACGGUUCUGAUAAACCCAAACAUCGCCACAGUCCAGACCUCCAAAGGUUUGGCCGAUAAAGUUUACUUCCUGCCCAUCACCGCGGACUAUGUGACCCAGGUGAUAAAGAACGAGCGUCCGGACGGCGUGCUCUUGACCUUCGGGGGUCAGACGGCGUUGAACUGCGGCGUGGAGCUCACCAAGCGCGGCGUUUUGGAGCGGUACAAAGUGAAAGUGCUCGGGACGCCGGUGUCCUCCAUCGAGAUGACCGAAGACCGAAAGAUCUUUGUGGAGAAGAUGGAGGAGAUCAACGAACACGUGGCUCCUAGCGAGGCCGCCUUCUCCGUGGAGCAGGCCGUGGCAGCUGCAGAGAGGUUGGGGUACCCUGUCCUGAUGCGGUCGGCGUUUGCGUUGGGGGGACUGGGCUCCGGGUUCGCGAAUAAUCGAGAGGAGCUCACGUCUUUGGCUUCGUCUGCGUUCGCUCACACGUCUCAGGUCCUGGUGGACAAGUCUCUGAAAGGCUGGAAGGAGAUCGAGUACGAGGUGGUGAGGGACGCCUACGACAACUGCAUCACGGUGUGUAACAUGGAGAACAUCGACCCUCUGGGCAUCCACACGGGCGAGUCGAUCGUGGUGGCGCCGAGUCAGACGCUGAACGACCGCGAGUACAACAUGCUCCGCCACACGGCCAUCAAAGUCAUCAGACACCUGGGCAUCGUGGGCGAGUGCAACAUCCAGUACGCCCUGAACCCCGAGUCCGAGCAGUAUUACAUCAUCGAGGUGAACGCCCGUCUGUCCCGGAGCUCGGCCCUGGCGUCGAAGGCCACAGGAUACCCGCUGGCGUACGUGGCGGCCAAACUGGGUCUGGGCAUUCCUCUGCCACAGCUCAGAAACUCUGUGACGAACUCGACCACGGCGAACUUUGAGCCCAGUCUGGACUACUGCGUGGUGAAGGUGCCGCGCUGGGACCUGAGCAAGUUCCUCCGAGUCUCCACCAAGAUCGGGUCGUCCAUGAAGAGCGUGGGGGAGGUGAUGGCCAUCGGACGCAGCUUCGAGGAGGCGUUUCAGAAAGCGCUGAGGAUGGUGGACGAGAACUGUGUGGGCUUCGAUCACACCAUCAAACCCGCCUCAGAGGAGGAGCUGGAGACGCCCACAGACAAACGCAUCUUCGUGUUGGCGUCCGCGCUCAGAGACGGAUUCUCUGUGGAGCGACUCUACGAACUCACCAAGAUCGACCGCUGGUUUCUGCACAAAAUGAAGAACAUCGCCGACCACGAGAGGCUCCUGGAGACCUUCAACCAGGACGAGAGCGCGAUGCCCCCGGAGGUGAUGAGGAAGGCCAAACAGCUCGGCUUCUCAGACAAACAGAUCGCUCAGGCCGUGCAGAGCACGGAGCUGGCGGUGCGGCGUCUGCGCUCUCAUUGGUCGAUUCUUCCGGUGGUGAAGCAGAUCGACACGGUGGCAGCGGAGUGGCCGGCUCACACCAACUACCUGUACCUGACGUACCACGGCUCCUCCCACGACCUGACCUUCGACCAGCAGCACGUCAUGGUCAUCGGCUCCGGCGUUUACCGCAUCGGCAGCAGCGUGGAGUUCGACUGGUGCGCGGUCGGCUGCAUCACGGAACUGCGCCGGAUGGGCUGUAAGACGAUCAUGGUGAAUUAUAACCCCGAGACCGUGAGCACGGACUACGACAUGUGUGACCGACUUUACUUUGAUGAAAUCUCCUUCGAGACGGUGAUGGACAUCUACGAGCAUGAGAACCCCGAGGGUGUGGUCCUGUCCAUGGGUGGGCAACUGCCCAAUAACAUCGCCAUGUCUCUGCACCGGCAGCAGUGCCGCAUCCUGGGCACGUCGCCCGAGUUCAUCGACAACGCAGAGAACCGGUUCAAGUUCUCCCGAAUGUUGGAUGCCAUCGGGAUCAGCCAACCGCAGUGGAAGGAGCUGUCCGACACCGAGUCGGCGGUGGGGUUCUGUGAGGCAGUGGGGUACCCGUGCCUGGUGCGUCCCUCGUAUGUUCUGAGCGGAGCUGCGAUGAACGUGGCCUAUUCAGACAAAGACCUGGUGAAGUUUCUGAGCAACGCUGUGGCCGUGUCCAAGGAGCAUCCGGUCGUCAUCUCCAAGUUCAUCCAGGAGGCCAAGGAGAUCGACGUGGACGCGGUGGCUCAGGACGGCGUGGUUUUGGCGAUUGCCGUCUCCGAACACGUGGAGAACGCCGGAGUCCACUCGGGAGACGCCACGCUGGUCACGCCGCCUCAGGACCUCAACCAGAAAACCAUCGACCGAAUCAAGUCCAUCGUCCACGCCAUCGGGCAGGAGCUUCAGGUCACGGGACCCUUCAACCUGCAGCUCAUCGCCAAGGACGACCAGCUGAAGGUGAUCGAGUGUAACGUUCGAGUGUCACGCUCGUUUCCCUUCGUCUCCAAGACUCUGGGCGUGGAUCUGGUCGCCCUGGCGACGCAGGCCAUCAUGGGCGAGGAGGUGGAGCCUGUGGGACUGAUGACCGGGAAGGGCGUGGUCGGGGUCAAGGUCCCUCAGUUCUCGUUCUCGCGUCUGGCCGGAGCAGACGUGGUUCUGGGCGUGGAGAUGACCAGCACUGGGGAGGUGGCGUGUUUUGGAGAAAAUCGUUACGAGGCGUAUCUGAAGGCCAUGCUCUCCACCGGCUUCAAGAUCCCCAAGAAGAACAUCCUCCUCUCCAUCGGCAGCUACAAGAAUAAGAGCGAGCUGCUGCCCACGGUUCGGGCUCUCGAGUCGUUGGGCUUCGAUCUUUACGCGAGUCUGGGCACCGCCGACUUCUACACGGAGCACGGAGUCAAGGUGAAGGCGGUGGACUGGCCGUUCGAGGAGGAGGAGGACAGCGCGUCUCAGGACAAACAGCCGAGCAUCAUGGAUUAUCUGGAGGAGAACCACUUUGACCUGGUGAUAAACCUGUCGAUGAGGAACAGCGGGGGGCGUCGUCUCUCCUCCUUCGUCACCCGAGGAUACAGGACGAGGAGGAUGGCCGUGGACUUCUCCGUCCCGCUCAUCAUCGACAUCAAGUGCACCAAGCUCUUCGUACAGGCGCUGCAUCAGAUCGGCCUCAGUCCCCCCGUCAAGACUCACGUGGACAGUAUGACGUCCCAGACUCUGGUCCGACUGCCCGGCCUUGUAGACGUGCACGUUCACCUCCGUGAGCCCGGGGCGUUGCAUAAGGAGGACUUUUCUUCGGGGACGGCUGCGGCUCUUGCGGGAGGAGUGACUCUGGUGUGUGCGAUGCCGAACACGUCGCCCGCGGUAACGGACGCCGCCUCGCUCGCCCUGGUGCAGAAGUUGGCGAAGGCCGGGUGCCGCUGUGAUUACGCUCUGUACCUCGGCGCCGCCUCAGAUAACGCCUCCUCCCUCGCUGCCAUCGCGCACCAGGCGGCCGGCCUCAAGAUGUACCUGAACGACACUUACUCCACCCUCAAGAUGGACAACGUGUCUCUGUGGAUGGAGCAUUUUGAGAAGUGGCCGAAGUCUCUCCCGAUCGUGGCUCACGCCGAGCGUCAGACGGUGGCGGCGAUUCUGAUGGUGGCUCAGCUUUACCAGAGGCCGGUGCACAUCUGUCACGUGGCGAGGAAAGAGGAGAUCCUGCUGAUUCGUGCGGCGAAGCAGAAGGGCGUGCAGGUCACCUGUGAGGUGGCGCCUCAUCACCUGUUCCUCUGUGAGGACGACGUCGCCGAGAUCGGAGUCGGACGAGCUCAGGUCAAACCCGCGCUGUCCUCCAGAGAAGACCAGGAGGCGCUGUGGGACAACAUGGACAUCAUCGACUGUUUCGCCACAGACCACGCUCCUCACUCGGUGGAGGAGAAGAACAGCUCUAAACCUCCUCCGGGUUUUCCGGGUUUGGAGACGAUGCUUCCGUUGCUGCUGACGGCGGUGAGCGACGGGCGCCUCACGAUGGACGAUUUGAUCAAACGACUUUACGAAAACCCGAGGAGGAUUUUCAACCUGCCGGCCCAGGAGAACACCUUCGUGGAGGUGGAUCUGGAGCAGGAGUGGGAGAUCCCGGAGUUUAUGCAGUUCACCAAAUCCAAAUGGACGCCGUUCGCGGGCAGGAAGGUGAAGGGCAAAGUGCGGCGGGUCGUUCUGAGAGGAGAAGUGGCCUACAUCGACGGACAGGUGCUGGUUGCCCCUGGUUACGGUGAAGAUGUGAAAACAUGGCCGACCCCGACCCAGCCGCCCUCGGAGCUCAAAGAGACGCCCAUGACCCCUGAGCGUCUCAGACCGACUCCUCCCCGAGACUCGGUCCGGAGCCGAGCCCAGAGCCCACGCCGCGCUCUGCUGCCCCCUAGAGUCCACCGCACGUCUGACCCAGGACUGCCCCCGGAGCUGGUGAUGCUGCCUCCCUCUGUCCUGCCUCCGUCUGGAGACUCGUACUCUCACCCUCCUCCUCUGUCGCGCCUCCUCUCUCCUCAGGCUCAGGCCGCUGCAGUACCUGCCUCUCACCUGCAGGUGUCUCCACUGCUGCACCCUCUGGUGGGGCAGCACAUCCUGUCCGUGCGCCAGUUCACCAAAGACCAGAUGUCUCACCUGUUUAACGUGGCUCACUCUCUGCGUCUGAUGGUGCAGAAGGAGCGCAGCCUCGACAUUCUCAAAGGUCGCGUGAUGGCGUCCAUGUUCUACGAGGUGAGCACUCGCACCAGCAGCUCCUUCGCCGCGGCCAUGUCUCGUCUGGGAGGAUCCGUGGUUCACUUCAGCGAGUCGACGUCGUCGUGUCAGAAGGGAGAGUCGCUGUGCGACUCCGUCCAGACCAUGAGCUGCUACGCCGACGUCCUCGUGCUGCGCCACCCGACGCCCGGAGCCGUGGAGUCUGCCUCUCGUCAUUGCCGUAAGCCGGUGAUAAACGCUGGAGAUGGAGUUGGAGAACAUCCGACUCAGGCUCUUCUGGACGUUUUCACCAUCCGAGAGGAGCUGGGCACCGUCAACGGGAUGACCAUCACGAUGGUCGGGGACCUGAAACACGGUCGCACCGUUCACUCUCUCGCCAAACUCCUGACGCAGUAUCGCAUCACGCUGAGAUACGUGGCCCCCAAGAACCUGCACAUGCCACCGGAGAUCUGCAGCUACGUGGCCUCCAAAGGAAUCAAACAGGAGGAGUUUGAGAGCCUGGAGGAGGCGCUGCCCGACACAGAUGUUCUGUACAUGACCCGGAUCCAGAAAGAACGAUUCUCCUCCGAGGAAGAAUACAGAGCGAGCUUCGGUCAGUACAUCCUGACUCCUCACAUCAUGACCGGAGCCAAGAACAAGAUGGUGGUGAUGCAUCCUCUGCCCCGAGUCAACGAGAUCAGUGCGGAGGUGGACUCAGAUCCUCGUGCGGCGUAUUUCCGACAGGCGGAGAACGGGAUGUACAUCAGGAUGGCUCUGCUCGCCACCGUGCUGGGACGAUGAGCCUCUGCACACGGCUCACACACACGGCUCACACACACGGCUCACACACACGGCUCACACACACGGCUCACACACACACA